CUACCCAUGUUGAUACGUCACCAGUAUGUCUGAGCUGGACCUUGUCGAAGUCGAUUCUCUCGAAGCCCUUGUCAUCAUCGACAAUGAGCUCGAUCCUCUCUCCCCACCUGCCCCAGACACCGUCCAGGUAUCGGGUCUGAUGGGCUCUCUUGCUCUACAGUCAACACAUGAAUUACAUGACCGAGGUGAAGCCAAAAAGGAACUGCAAAUGGAAGACAUUUGCUGUUCGGCGCAUGGUCUGUCCAUCCUUGUGACAGCUACGAAAGGCGAUGUAAAGCACUCUGUUCUAUUCGAUGCAGGCCCUGAAGGCGAGAUAUGGGAGAGGAAUGUCAAGCGGUUACGGCCGGAUUUGUCUUCUGUCGAGCUGGUUCAAUUAUCACAUUGGCAUCGGGACCAUUCUGGGGGCCUUGUCCGAGCCAUUGAAUUGAUAUCUGAGGCCAAAAUAGCCAAAGGUCAUACAGACAAAGUGUCAGUCGAUCUUCAUCCUGACCGUCCCGACUAUCGCGGAUUCGCCCUGGGUCCGAACAUCGUUUCCUUUCAGGCGGACCCUACCUUCGAGGAACUCGAAGCAGCCGGGGGAGCCAUCCAAAAGAAUGACGAGACACACACUGUCCUCGACAACUUCUUCCUGAUCUCUGGUGAAAUCCCGCGCCAGACGGCGUACGAAAACGGUAUCAAAGGCGGCAUGCGCUAUGACAGCGAGGAAAAGGAUUGGUUUUCUGAUGAGCUUAUUUCCGACGAGCGUUUCCUCAUGUGCAAUCUAAAGGACAAAGGACUCGUCCUGUUCACAGGCUGCAGCCAUGCCGGUGUCGUCAACUGCUCACGACAUGCGGUUGACAGCCUCGAUGGCUCUGUGCCGCUUUAUGCGGUUGUUGGGGGCUUUCAUCUUGCUACUAGCACUGCAGCCGAUACGGAAAGCACCGUCAAAGACCUUCAGAGACUAGACCCUGCUGUCCUGCUGCCGGGGCAUUGCUCUGGUUGGAGGGCGAAGUUUGCGAUUGAGAAACAUAUGCCUGGGAGUCUGGUGCCUUGCACUGUGGGUGCGAAGGUUACUUUCUAGUAUCGGUCUGUGUAACAUAUCAUAGGCUCAUUCAUCACUGGGCUAUAUUCUCCAUGGAGGGUUUACUGAGUUGCAGAUUAACUGAAGUGGAAUAUCAUCUAAUCGCAAGACAAUCACACACAACCACUGGCUGCAGAGGUUCUCACCGUGGAAGGAUGGGUUUGUACACAGACUCACCUACACGUGCACACACAUCGAUAUUGCAGGUGAUCAAGAGUAUCAUUGUCCAAAGCUGUCCUUGUCUGCAGAACCGCAGUAUGAAUCACUCAUACUUGUCUUGCCAGUAUUCUUGAUAUGAAAGUGACCAUUGUGAUUGAUAUGAAAUUCUUAACUCCGCAGGUC